CAAGUGGGUUGUAUAAGCCUUAAUGAAAUAUCAUUAUCAUUGGUGAAAAAUUAAACAAAGAAAAAAAAAAUUGUCGUAGAGGAAGAUUGUUUUAAUUUUAAUUUGGCGAACGCGCAAAACCUAAAAAGAUCUUUUGACGUCUAAGAAAAACUUUUGUUCUGUGUUUCUUGUCUUCUGAUUCCGAGAAUAAUGAUCCGAUUCAUAUUAUUGCAGAACAGGCAAGGUAAGACUCGUCUUGCCAAGUACUAUGUUCCUCUCGAAGAGUCUGAGAAACACAAAGUCGAAUACGAGGUUCAUAGAUUGGUGGUGAAUCGCGACUCAAAGUUCACCAAUUUCGUUGAGUUUAGAACGCAUAAGGUUAUAUACAGGCGCUAUGCCGGGUUGUUUUUCUCGUUGUGCGUUGACAUAACAGAUAAUGAGUUGGCUUACCUUGAAUGCAUCCACUUGUUCGUCGAGAUUCUGGACCAUUUCUUCAGCAAUGUCUGUGAGCUUGAUUUGGUCUUUAAUUUCCACAAGGUAUACUUAAUACUCGAUGAAUUCAUUCUUGCUGGAGAACUUCAAGAAACAAGCAAGCGGGCAAUUAUUGAGAGGAUGUCAGAGCUGGAGAAGCUACAGCAAUGAAAUAGGCGGAUUAAAUGAUUGUCAAGAAAGCGAAUCAACAAUAGGAGGAUAUGCUUCUUCUGUUUUGCUCUUUUCUGUUAUGUUCAGUCUACAAUUCUCUGUUUCCAGCAAAUCUGAAACACACUUGCGUCAUUUUGGUUUUUUUUAACCCGAAAAGCUAUAAAAAAACAUAAAUUUGGAAACUCAAAGAAUUCGUCUUCUUUCACAAUGAUUUGACAAAAAGAGAGUUGAUUAGUAAGAUAUCAUAAUGCUUUGUAUCAAACUCUAUCGAUUAUGUAAUGGCAUAUAAUUAUGUAGAUUCGUACAA